AAUUCUUCUGUUUUGAACAUCAGCCUCAAUCCUUUCCAGGGACUGUUUCCCCUUGCUGCUGAAUUUACUAUUCCCCUUUGUUCUUUUGAAGAUGUGGUUCUGGCGCAUGGGAAUGCCAUCCAAUUUGGGAAAAUGAUCAAAGCCACAACUAGGAAAAAUGCCUUACUUUCCUAUAAUGGGUAUGGAUGUUUCUGUGGACUAGGUGGAAAGGGAACUCCAGUGGAUGCUACUGAUAGGUGCUGCCAUGCCCAUGACUGCUGCUACAGGAGGGCUAAGCAAAGAGGGUGUAAAAACCCCGUAAUUACUUGGUAUAAGUACAGAAUCAGAAAAGGAAGAAUCACCUGCCAGCUGCUAAAGAUCAUUAUGUGUCUGUUUCUUCUAGUCAAUGCCUCCAACUCCUGCAAAAAAGAAGUUUGCGAAUGUGACCGGGCGGCUGCCUUAUGCUUCAAGCACACUCUGAGCACUUACAAGAGGUCCUACCUCUUCUAUCCAAGUAAGAAGUGCGGAAAAAAGAAACUCACCUGCUGAGGAGGUGUAGGAGACAGGCUGCUUUGUAGCUGGUGAUUGGUUUUGUUCAUUUCUAAGGGAGAAAUUGAAACAAGGAAGACCUGAGUCUGGACCCAGCAAAGGAUUCUCUCUGGAGCCAUCCUUUCAGCCCAGACCAGGAGCCUUCCCUAGGAAUCAUGUCUAAUAUAGCCCCUCUUGUAGUCGGAUAUCGCCAAUAUGCAUAACUCACCCUCCCUGGAAGGGCACAAGCUUU